CAUAUAAAAACGCAUCCUGAUUUUCCUCACCACUCACUUGCUCCGCUCAACGCCGCUCGUGCCGCAAGCAUACAGCUCUUCUUUACGGCUGCUUUUCGCGCGAACGAGCUGCUGGGUCAGCUCGUGAGAAGAAAAAGAUGCAGGUCUUUGGGCUUCUGGCAAGCGCUUUCGCCUUGUAUUUCUCGCUUAGUGUACACUGUCUGCCACUGCAUGAACAAAAAGGGGUGAACAAGCGCAAGGUUUCCAGGGAUUGGCUGCAGGGUUCUCAUCGCUCUGAUGUGAAGAGAGGGGCCAGGGGGGCCCACCCACAGGAGACGCUCAAAGAUACAACAUGGGCCAAGAGACGGGCGUCAGAGCCCACCCAGGCUCAGCACUCCUCAGGAGACUCUAAUCGACCCCGCUGUGGUGUUCCUGACUAUCCCACCCAGAGGGAGGUUCAUCUUGGCACAAGGCAUCGGCCCAAACGCUUUGUCAUUUUUGGUGGGCGCUGGGAGAAGACCGACCUCACGUAUAAGAUAAUGCGUUUCCCGUGGCAGAUGAGUGAGGACAAGGUACGGAGGGUUCUGCAGGAAGCCCUGAGAGUUUGGACCGAGGUGACGCCGCUCACCUUUACCGAAGUCAGAGAGGGAGACGCGGACAUCAUCAUCGACUUCAACAGGUACUGGCAUGGAGAUAACUUGCCUUUUGACGGCCCUGGGGGAAUUCUGGCCCAUGCGUUUUUUCCCAGGACGCACCGGGAGGGGGACAUCCAUUUCGACUAUGACGAGUCCUGGACCGUAGGGAACGAUUUCGGUACAGAUCUGCUGCAGGUUGCAGCCCAUGAGUUCGGUCACGUGCUGGGUUUGCAGCAUUCCCUGGAACCUGGAGCCAUCAUGUCCCCUUUCUACAGUUUCUCCUAUCCGCUCCAGCUCAGCGAGGACGACAAACAGGGCAUCCAAUAUCUGUACGGCCCUCGGCCCGAGCCCCCAGCCCCAAGCAUGACAGAAACCAAUGAGAUUAUCAUCAGCGCGCCGGAUGCUUGUCACACGAACUUUGACGCGGUGUCCAUGAUCCGGGGGGAGCUGUUCUUUUUCAAGGCCAGCUACGCCUGGCGUAUUCGGGACGGCCGGCUACAGGAAGGUUACCCCGCCCUGGCCUCCCGCCAUUGGAGCGGGAUUCCUGAGAAAAUUGAUGCCGCCUAUGAAGACAAAACUGGCAAUAUCUGGUUCUUUGAAGGAAAUAACUACUGGGUGUUUGAUGCUGAGAAGCAGAUCACAGGACCUGACACACUGCAGAACCUGGGUCUCCCCGUCGGCAGUAUCCAGGCGGCCCUGCGCUGGAGGGAGAGGAAUGGCCACCAGACUUACUUCUUCAAGUCAGGGGCCUACUGGCGCUUUGAUCCCCUCCAGAACCGCGUGGACACGGGCCACCCCCACAGCAUGCAGCAGGACUGGUGGGGCAUUCCCGACGAAGUCGACGCAGCGUUCCAGGAUACCCAGGGCUUUGCCCAUUUCAUCAGCGGCAGACAGUACUGGAAGGUUGACCCAGUUGAGCGCAAAGUCCUGGCGGGUUACCCUCGUUACGUUGGCAUGGACUUUUUUGGAUGUGGCAUGCCAUAGGCCUCUUUUUUUUUUCCUUUCAGUCUUUUCUUUUUUUUUUUUAUGGACACAGCUUCUCAUGUUGUUGUCUUGGUGAAGUAAAGAUAAUUUGGGCCAUGUUCUGAAAACAGAUCUAACGCUUUACUCCAGCGGGCGGGGUCAAUUCACCUCAUUUCGUAAACACAGUAGCCUCCUCAAAAGCUGAAUGGAUUUUGGAGUCUGGAGAUCAAAAUCAAAAAACUAGUUUCAUGUCAUGUGUGACGCUUUAAAUGACAUCCCUUAUUCCAUGAUUCUUUCUCUUUUGUUUGUUUGUUUGUUUGUUUUGUUCUGUUUUUACUUCUGUAAACUCUGAACAGUUAAAAAUCACAAUCUUAUUUAUUCUCAGGUACAUAAUGCACAUUUGACCAUAUCUAUUCAUGUGCAGCUAUGCUUGUAUUUAUUGUUUUAUAGACCAAUGGUUGUACUGUAGCGUUUGGGACUACAUGAGAUCCAAUCAAAUGGCUGUAUAGUUGAAAAGAGCUCUUGGAUGUCUCCUACAGUGAGAAUUUCCCCUGAAUAUUCACACAGGUGUCUCAUGCAGUUACAAUCAACACACUCCUUAAAUGUUGUAGCAUACAGGAGACAACAAGUGCUUCUCCUUAUCACGGUGCUAAAUACUUUGUCAAUAAUCAGGGACCGAUUAAUUACCUGCAGUAAACAAUACAACUCUCGGCCGAGUAUCCCCUAGACGGGUGUGCUGUACCAGAAAUGUAUUAACAGAAGAUUCUUUUGUGAUUGUGCGUUGCUUAUUGCAAAAUGACCGUUGUAGUUACUCACUUCCCGAGAUUUGUAUUUAUUCGUUUUUCUUUUAGUCUUAAUGCUCGGAAGAGUUCAUUCCUAACAAUGAUCUUCCCCGUCCUUAAGAUGCUCCUCGUGAUUUUAACGCGUAAGCACUAAUCAAAGAAUGGGCAGUUCUCUUUGAUGUGGACCCGUGACUGUAUUGUAAAACAAGAGUGUCUCUUGACAAACUGGCGUUUUCAGUGCAGGACACUGAUGUUAUUUUUGUUGCAUGUUUUCUGCCCUGUUUGCCUCAGUAUUCAUAUGUAAUUUGGUUAGGGAUACAUUUUCUGUUUUUUAACCCUUGUAAAUAGCAAUCCAACUAAUACCUGCCUCUGUUUCUAUUACCAUACUCUUUUGUUAUAAUCUCAUUAAACCAUGUA